CACCUUGUGCAGCCAGCCAAGGGGCUGGUCUGGAGAAGCCGCCCACUGUGAUCCACACAUUUUCCCCUUUCCUCUGGGCAGCUUGGACAAGCACCACGCCCGGCCUCCAGGCUUCUUGGGGGCAGCCUCCUGCGCCAUGCCUGGCUCUGUGGCAGGUGGGCUCCGGCUAUCGCCUCCUGCUAUAUGGGCAGAUGCCCAAGAAGAUACCAGAUGCCCAAGGAGAUCCCGGCCGACACGAGACCAGCCCUCUCGGACCACCUCCCAAGACCCCUCCAGGCUGUGCGCCCCUGCAGCGCGGUGGUGCCAGAAACCUGCCCGGCGCUACCAAACCCAGGGGAAGCGCUCAGCCGACACCAUUCCCCCUCCCCCCAUCACCUUGGGUGUUUAUCUUGGCUUCUGCUCCUCACCCGUUUCUCUUUCACUUUCUUUUAGCUGGGGCGUUGGAGCUCCUGGAGUUCAGAGCGCUCACCCAGUUCCCUCGCAUCCCGGCGCAGUCGCUCCAAAGGAAAGGCAGUCGGGCGGCCGCCCCUCACCCUGCAGCCAGCACUCGAUGGAGAAACCUGGGAUUCAUGGGGAGAUCAGGACAGAAGACUUUCCCAUUCUAUCACUACUGAGGUGGUAGAGUCAGCUAUUUGAGAAGUCUGCUUUCAGAAGAAUUUAAGAAUUCAUUUCUUCAUCCUGCCAUCUUGUUCUUUGAAGCAGUGUCCUAUCAUGUGCCAUGCUUGUAAUGUCACAGGACGCAGAGAAGUCCAUGUUAGCAUAUAGCCAGCCAACAGGAAGUCAUAAACCAUAUUUGAGGAGUACGUCCAUCCAGUGCUAUUUGUGUUUACUUCUGAAUAGUCAUUUCUUAACUGAGGCUGGCAUUCAUGUCUUCAUUUGGGGCUGUAUCAGUGCAAGUCUUCCCAAAACAGAGGCACACUGGCAGGAUGUAAUAAGGGAUUUGGAAAUCUUUGAAAAUCUUAUUCAAUCUAUACAUAUUGAUGCCACUUUAUAUACUGAAAGUGAUGUUCAGCCCAAUUGCAAAGUCACAGCGAUGAAGUGCUUUCUCCUGGAGUUAUGUGUUAUUUGGCAGGAGUCAAAUAACGACAUUAGAGAGGUGAUAGGAAACAUUGUCUUCUUAGCAAACUCCAGUUUACCAUCUAAUGGGACUAUAACUGAAUCUGGAUGCAAGGAAUGUGAGGAACUGGAGGAAAAAAAUGUAAAAGAAUUUUUGCGAAGUUUUGUAAAUAUUGUGCAAAUGUUCAUCAACACUUCCUGAUUGCAGUGAUCCUCUUUAGCAUUUCUGUUAUUUACAAACACUUUCCCAUUGCUCAGAGGCACCGAAACACUUUGCAUUUCCAGUGUGCUACCAAAGCAAGUUUUUCUAGCAAGAAGAUGUUCAGGAUCUUGCAUCAGUUGAACUCGUAGAAAUGAAGGCAGAAAAAUGGCAUUGAGUAACCUGAUGUAAAUGAACAUUUCUUUUUAAUUUAUUGUUGAAAUUGUACAUAUUUGUAGCAUAAUGUAAAUUGUUGAGUAAAAUUAUGUACAUAUUUUA